CACCAUUGCGGGCAAGAGUCGGCGGGUGGCACCUGGCAUGGGCAGGCAGAUGGAAAAAGAAGGGGGGUCAGGAAGCCUGAAGGUGCAGAACAGCCUGGCACAAACGAGACGAGCCAGGGAGCUUCUUGGCAGCCACUCCACCUCACCAGUCCAUGUUCCCCUCCACAAUCCACAUCCAACUUCGUCAUGCCCACUUGAGUGUGGUCCAAAGGCUUGCUCCGGCCACAACCCCAUUCAAACAAAACGACCUGAGCCCCCCCCAUCCCCCCUCCCGACCGACAAUAUGGCUUCCGGUUUCGAUGAGGAGGAGCUCCAUAUCAGUCUCUCGCCCUCCCAGAUCCGACGACGCUCCCAGCAGCACGGUGCCGCCUCCGAUGCUGCCGCCUCCGCCGCCGGCCAUCACGAACUCCAACCGCCUGUGCCCGGUGCCGUAAACAUCGCCAAUAUGGGACCGCCCGUCGAUACCACCGCCCCGCUGCGGGAGAAGAUCAAGACGGAGCAGCGCAUUGGUGCCUACAAGAUCAUCAAGACCUUGGGCGAGGGCUCCUUUGGAAAAGUGAAGCUGGCUAUCCACAAUGGUACUGGCCAACAGGUCGCUCUCAAGAUAAUCGCGAGGAAGAAGCUCAUCAGCAGAGAUAUGGCUGGUCGCGUGGAGCGUGAGAUCGAAUACCUACAGCUUCUGCGGCAUCCUCACAUUAUCAAAUUAUACACUGUUAUCAAGACCCCCAACGAGAUCAUCAUGGUCCUUGAAUAUGCAGGCGGAGAGCUUUUCGACUAUAUAGUGCAAAACGGCCGGAUGAAGGAGCCUGAGGCGCGUAGAUUCUUUCAACAGAUGCUAUGCGCCGUCGAGUACUGCCACCGACACAAGAUCGUGCAUCGAGACCUGAAGCCCGAGAACCUUCUUCUGGACGAUAACCUCAAUGUCAAGAUUGCCGACUUUGGUUUGAGCAACAUCAUGACGGACGGAAACUUCCUGAAGACGAGUUGCGGUAGUCCAAAUUAUGCCGCACCCGAAGUCAUUGGUGGCAAGCUUUACGCUGGCCCGGAGGUGGAUGUGUGGAGUUGUGGCGUGAUUCUUUACGUCCUGCUAGUGGGCAGACUCCCCUUUGACGAUGAGCAUAUACCCAGUCUCUUCGCAAAGAUUGCACGCGGCACAUACAGCAUACCGCAGUGGAUGAACUCUGGUGCUGCAGGCCUCAUAAAGAAGAUGCUGGUCGUCAAUCCUGUGCAACGUGCCACUAUUGAUGAUAUCCGUCAGGACCCCUGGUUCAUGACUGACCUGCCGCCUUAUCUGGCGCCGCCGGUCGAGGAGUUCUUCAACACAGGCGUGGACCCUAACAAGGCCAUCCAGAAGAGUGACAUUGCACCCAAUGCCCCCCCUAGAGUCCAGGAGAAGUUGCACAACGAGGUCACAGAGAAGAUCAGUAAGACCAUGGGUUACGGAAAGAAGGACGUAGAGGAGGCUUUGCAGGCUGCGGAACCGUCGGCCAUUAAAGACGCGUACAUGAUUGUUCGCGAGAACAAACUCAUGCAAGUGAAUGAGGCUAUGUCAUCACUUUCAGUAGAUCAAGAUGGCUCUAGUAGUCCACUCCCAAGUGCAUCAUCCGCGAGGUCGGGUGGCUCAACCGUCGGUGGACAACGACCCUACAUCAGCAAGAUCGGAAUUCUGCCGAGCAGUUUGCCAACCUAUCAUAAAGAGUACAUGGAGCGUGAGAAGGCUGGCCCCGAGGACCAUCCGGCGCCAACAAUCGUCGUCAACGAGCCAGGCUCAUCUGCCCGCACGGAUGCAGAAAGGGAAGAGACAGCAAGGCAUCUCAAGCCUCACUCCAGGAACAGUCAGGUCAGACUCGACGAUUCUAGCAAACGGCCACAAGGCAUGACGCCCGUCGUUCAGGCGAAGAAGACAAAGCCUGUGAGGUGGCAAUUCGGUAUUCGCUCGCGCAAUGCGCCUUGGGAAGCCCUCUUGUGUAUUCACAAGGCCUUGAACAAGCUCGGAGCGACCUAUGUGCCAGACGAAGACUAUGAGAAAGUCCACGGCAACGAGGCCGAUCAACCCAGCAACGACGGUAGCUUCGUGGAGGAAUACGCUCCGCAGGGGGCCAAUGAUUCAACCAGCAGUAUUGAUCCUCUCAAGCGAUAUAAGCUACCAGCCGACCCCUGGCAUAUCAAGGUCCGAUGGGAGACGUCGACACUGCAUCAGGCCUCAGGAACCCCCACAGAGGGUAGCAAGACCCCAGAUAGCUUUCAUGUUGUUGGCGAUGAUGAGGGCAAGCGUGAUUUUGUAGCCUUGCACGUGGACAUCCAAAUAUACGAGAUGGAACACGGCGUCUAUCUCGUGGACUUCAAAUGCUCUGGCUACGAGACGGCCGACAAGAGACUGCUCGAAGAAAAGGAUGUCACAAGUCCUUUCCCUUUCCUAGAUAUGGCUGCUAGGUUGAUAAUGCAACUAGCCGAAGCAGACUGAAGAUCCGUCUUGGUUGAUCCGUUAUCCCUCGAGGAUGUUUACUCCCCUCCGUUUUCUUCAGGGGGUUAACUUGGGAAGUACUUUGAAAACGGUGGGCUCAGCGAUAGACAUGGGAAGACAUGCCGAUCGAUCGGUCAUGUCACAGCGUUAGGAUAUGCGAACAAGGGAGUUUUGGUACGGGGGAGAGGGAUGGUGUGUGGUGUUCUUUUUGGUUUCUUUUGGGGCAGUACACAGCGGCAGCAGAAGAGCGUGGCUCUGGUCCAGUCGUCUCAGCUGAGGCGAAAGCGGAAUCGUGUGUUUCCACACCACCAGGUCGAGAUCUAGAGGACAUCGGGUUGUACUCGAAACGAGGCGUGGGGGUGAAUUAGACACACUAUUUUGCAUCACGAAUAGGAGUUGAAUUCGUCAAGCAUCAUAUCACCACGGCGCGACCACGGCAUCAUUACGAGAACUUUGUCCAUCUCGGAGACCAACUCGAGCCCGAGACCCCUUACAGCCAGUGCAUCAAUCGGCGGCCACGGCACCGAAGCAGAGCCUCACGAUUUUAGAGUCCGGGACUAACACGCCGCGAAAUAUGAAGCUCCAAAGCGCAAAGGCGGCGAGGAUCUUGGCUCAAAUUGGCAGCCAGCUCCGUGGUGUGUGUCCUAGAGACGAUCAUCACUAUUCAGACCUACGGAUCCCGCACUCAAGAUCAAAUCGAAAUGCUGACCCCUCGGGCGUGUUUUAGCAGAGCCUCAUGGAAACAAGCGCCAAGAAAAGGAUUGAACUAUAAACUUUGGAGACUGCCCUGAAUUGUGUCCGUAUUUCGUACACGGGGGACGGGCAGAGGAAUGCAAAAGUCGAGACCGAAUCCUUUUCUGCUCAAAGCAGAAUCCACCUCCGUCCGCGAGUCCUGUGCGGUGUGCCACGAGAAAGUCAAAAAAGAGGAAGGCAGUGGGCAGGGAGACAGGCAGCGGCAAUGGACCCUGAAAGGGGUAAGUGUCAGUUUCAACGAACCAUGACGGUGAUUCCUCUCCCCUCCCAGCACAGGUGGGUGGGUGAAUGUUUAUUCGCCCUGGAUGGAGGCCCUGGACAACUGAUAGAGGCCCUGGAUGAGAAAGACGGCCCCCCGCCCACAGGACUCGGGUCUUGGGACGUCGCGGACCACUUCAGACGAUACACUCUGGGGCUCGGGACGGGAACUCCAGACGAUACACACGGAAUGGGGAGGGGUUUGAUUACGUACGUCCCCUCCUGUGCCGAAGGUGGAAUAUUGACGACGACAUACGACGACCACGUCGGCCACCACCGCCACCUAACAUCCCGCCGACCGAGGGCGCGUUUCGGCGAGUUGUAAGUUUCGGUGGAGAUUAUGGAGUCCUUUUUACGGCAACGGUCGAUAAUCUCCGGGACAGCCGGCCUUUGCCAUCCCGCCGGAAUCCGAUUGAGAAACCGGCAUUCCCGCCUUUUGCUUGCGACUGCGAGUCGCGAACCUGCAGAAGCUCACACGACACAAUACCGGACGUGGAGAUGCCAAGAAAUGGGAUGCGGGUCACUUGGCAGCAAGGUCAAUACUGAGUCUUCGAAUACUCUCUGUUUCUCUUUCGCUCUCGAGGUUCGGAGGAAUACCAUGCUUAGCUUCGAAUCGGCUUUUGAGGAAACUUUCUGCCUCGGAUCGGAUAUUUUUCUUCCAUAGUAUGGUAUCCGUGGUAGCAGCCGCAGUCAGCAGCAUUGAUCAAGGCAGGGCGCUUGCUUUUCGUCUUAGUGAUGCUGACAAUAUCACAACUUACACGUAUUCCUGGUGCCGCGCAUCGCGCAUCGCGGAAUCACGGACUUCUCGCCGUUCAAUCUAUAUCCAAGCCAACGAUCAUCGUCCGUGUCCGUGUAUCCAUACUACGGUACUACCGUACGGAUAGUGUAGGGUUCCCUUGGUCCCCCUCUUUGAGGGUCCAUCCAGUGCAAGAUUUCCCAGGGAAACAACGGUCGCAACUCUGCAGUUAAGGACGACACCCAGC